AUGCAUACUGUACAAGCCUACAGGCAAGAGCACAGAGUAAGAGUUCCUGGACAGAAGGAAGAGGACAGAGACAAAGUGAAGAAGCUUAGUUUCGACAUAGCUGCCAAUCUAAUCCAGCCUUGCUUUUGGUAUCGACCUCUCAGCCUGCUGUGGUGUGCCGUCCAAGCAUGUCUACAGAGUUGGAGCUGCCCUUCCGGCUGGACAACCAGCUGACGGAGGUGAUGCGCCUGCGGGUUCAGUCGCUGCAGCAGCGAGGCCAGAAGAGGCAGGACGGUGAACGCCUGCUGCUGCCCAACGAGGCAGUGUACCGACUGGACUUCUCGAAACAGUCCCUCCAAUUCUCACGGUGGAUGGUGUGUCUGGCCCAGGCGGGACGCCUCACCAUCACGGCCACCUCACAGCUCUGGACGCCUGACCUCACCAACCUCAUGACCCGUCAGCUGCUGGAGCCCGUCGGAACUUUCUGGAGGGCGCCGGGUGAUGCCAGCGAUGCCCCCGUCCAGUGCUACGAGGCAGACGCACACGAGUUUGGCGAGAGGAUCGCUGAGCUGGCUAGGGUAAGGAAGGUGAUGUACUUCCUGUUUGCAUUUGCAGAAGGCUGCAGCCCUGAGACUGUCGACUGCUCCAUAACCUUCACUGUGGAUAGUUGAGACUUGGCAAUCAAAACAUUGGAGAGAUACUUGCUACAAACUCUUCUUCUGUGCUUGUGUGUGUUUAGUUGAGGAAGCAAAGUUAACUUUAGGUUAAACCUGCAUUUUUGUAUGUAUGGCUCCCUCUAAAGUGUCAGCAAAUGGCUAUUGCAGAAGAGACAUCACAUCAUCUGAUAACCUGUUAGGACAAGAAUACACUCUCCAUCCUUCUCUUUCUCUUUUUGCAACAAAAAAAUAUAACUUGCUUCUGUUACUGAACCUGUUGAUCACAGGUCAUCUUUGUAUUCUAUGAUGUUGGGUAUAAAUACAGCUAAAUACAAAUAAAUCCAAUAAAUCCAAAAA